CAGAGGGAUGGAGAGUGUGCAUUCCAAGCGCUUAGUGCUCCGCACAUAGUAAGCGCUCAAUAAAUACCCUUGAAUGAACGGAGACGCCAAGGGACCGAGGCCGGGGAGUCUCUGCCCGGCCAAACCUCCCCCGUUUUGGGGCCUGAAGCGUCCCCGGGCCUCAGGACCGAGGGCCACUCGCUCCCCCGUGGGGGUCUUCCCGGCGCCUCUCGGGCCCGGGCUGGGACCCGGCCUCGGUCCCCCUCGGUGAGGGGUCGGGGUGCCCGCUCUCGGUACCCGAGUGACCUUUGCUGACCCCCAGGACUCCCCCUGCCCUGCUGGGACGGGACUGGGCUUGAACGGGACCGUUGAGCCUCCCCACCCCUCCGCUCCCUCCGUGCUGGACAGGGGGCCGCCCGGGGCUUCAGGGGAUCCCCAGUCUCCCGUCCCACUAGCUGAGAAACCAGGAAGGUGCAGCGGGUGCCGACCGUAAGCUCGCCGUGGGCGGUCAAAUCGGUCUACCCUAAGCGCUUAGUACAGCGCUCUGCGCACGGUAAAUGUUCGGUAAAUGCGACUAACUGACCAGCUGCCCCCCUCCUCCCGGCAGGCCGCUGACCAACGGCCCCCCCGCAGCCCGGUCCAGCCAUGGAGCCCCCCCGACGCCACCUUCAUCGAGGGGGUGGGCAACGAGGUGACGGUGGUCGUGGGCGUGGCGGUGCUGGCCCUGGCCCUGGUGCUGGCCUGGCUCUCCACCUACGUGGCCGACGGCAGCGGCCAACUGCUGGGCACCAUCGUGGCGGCCGGGGACGCCGCCGGCCUCCGGGUGGACCACCUCGUGGGCGGCUCCGUGGCCUCCCAGCCGGCCGAGCCCCCGGGGUCGUCCGCACGGGGCGAGGAGAAGGCUGAGGAGGAGGGCGGGGAGGCCGAGCCCCCCGGGGAGCCCGGGGCCGGCGGAGGGGCCGAGUCCGGCCCGGACCCCCUGCUGGAUAUCCGGGGGCUGCCCCCGCGGGCCCCGGCGGGGGAGGGCGGCCCCGGGCCCCCGGCCCCCGGCCCCGGCGGGAGCGGCCCGAGCCUCAUCAGCGUGCGCCUCAAGUUCCUGAACGACACGGAGGAGCUGGCGCUGGCCCGCCCCGAGGACACCGUGGGGACCCUCAAGAGCAAGUACUUCCCCGGCCAGGAGCACCAGGUGAAGCUCAUCUACCGCGGCCACCUGCUGCAGGACCCGGCCCGCACCCUGCGCUCCCUCCACGUCACCGACAACUGCGUCAUCCACUGCCAGCGCGGUCCCGCCCCCGCCCCCCCGGACCCCGCGGCGCCCCCGGGCCCCGGGCCCCGGCCCGCCGCCUCCGGCUUCUCCGCCCUCCCCGGCCUCGGCCUGGGCAACCUCAUGGUGCCCGUGUUCGUGGUCAUGCUGGGCGUCAUCUGGUACUUCCGCAUCAACUACCGCCAGCUGUUCACCGCGCCCGCCACCGUCUCCCUGGUGGGCAUCACCGUCUUCUUCAGCUUCCUGGUGUUUGGCAUGUACGGGCGGUGAGGGGGGGCGGGGGGGGGCCACCCCGCUCUGGGGGAGAAAGGAGGACGCCCCCACGAUGGAAGGCCGUGCCCCGGGCGGGCGGGCGGACGGACCGGCGGACCGGCUCUCGGGCGCCGGCGGGGCCCGGCGCGCCACGGACUUGGGGAGGGGGCCCCCGCCGCUGCCCCUUCCCCUCCCCCACCCCGGGCUUUGCACGCUUCAGGUUCGGGAGGACCCCCACCCCCCACACCUCCGCCGCCCCCCUCCCACACCGAGUCGCUCCUUUUUGCAUUGGCGACACCCGGUCCCGGGACCCUAAAUGGGGGGCAGGAAGGGUGGGCCGGAAGCACCCCCUCCCACCGCCCCCAGUCCGGGAGAGGCACCAAAGCUCCUCAACUUUUCUAGAGCACUUGCGACGAUCCCCCCCGCCCCCCCCAGUUUUUAUACAGCAUCGGUGAAGACGAGAGAGUGACGUUUUCUUCCGAGGUGAGGCGGGGGCCGGCCAGACUCGGGGCCCAAGCCAGGCUCUCCCACAAACUAUCUUGGGGGGUGGGGAGGAGCUCGGCUGCGCCCCGGACCCCGGCUUUCGGGAAGCACCUCGGCCCCACCGAACUCCGACACGUGGCUUACCAAUCGGGAGAUGCGUUUAUUGGGGUGGGUGGGAGGGAGGGACAUACACAGCGU